CUUGCUCUUGUCAUUCCUUCCGAUUUCAUCUCACGGAAUCUCUCAAAUUGGAAAUACUUAAUCAUUCUUCAAGCUUAAGAGGACGUUAACAUCUAUCCAAAAGUAAAAGUCACACAAUUCUACUUAUGAUUAAAGCCAAAAAAAAAUAGAAAAACACAUAUCUCAGCUUCCUUAGAAGUAACCUUUUAUAUCAACAAAUCUAAACUCUAUAUUAAUAUGUGACUUAGAAUUCAUCAAACUCCAACCACAUUUUUUUCUUUCCAUCAAGAAAUUUUUUUGCUGGUAUAUUGAUUGAAAACCACAAAAAAUGGCUUCACAAACUUCAGGUUCUAGUAAUGCAAGCAAAACAUUCACAGGUUUAGGAAACCUAAUUAGGCUCCUUCCAACUGGAACAGUUUUCUUCUACCAAUUCUUGAACCCUAUUUUAACCAACAAUGGAAGUUGCAGCUCCACAAACAAGAUCUUCUCCAGCUUACUGUUUGCACUUUGUGGGCUUUCUUGCUUCUUCUCAACUUUUACAGACAGUUACAAAGAUGAUCAAGGGAACCUUCAUUAUGGGAUUGCCACUUUCAAGGGUUUCUGGCCAACUUCUUCUGAUCCAUCAUCAACUACUUCUAUUGACUUCAGUUCUUACAAGCUUCAACUUGGAGAUUUUAUUCAUGCUUUUCUGUCCUUGAUUGUGUUUUGUGUUCUAUCUUUGUUGGAUUCCAAUACGGUUCAUUGCUUUUACCCUUCUUUUGAGUCUUCUCAGAAGGCUUUAAUGAUGGCUUUGCCUCCGGUGAUCGGUUCUGUCGCCGCCACCGUCUUUACCACUUUUCCGAUGAAACGCCGUGGCAUAGGCUAUGCUGAUAAAAAUUCUUCUUCUUCUUCAUCGUCAGGGCAAGGCCAGCAAAACCCGGCUCCAAAAGUUUAAGUGGAAAGUGAUUAUAUUUAUAUAUAAUUGGUUUUUAAAUUGUUUUGUAUGAUUUCUAUAUUUUAAUCACUCUUACAAGAUUAUAAGAAAUUAAAACUUGUAAUAGUGAUUAGUUAGGUCGUUGGAGAUGCUUGAAGGAAUUAAUUGUCUUCCGUUGUAUAUGUAUUUGAUGGAAAUUUUAAGUUUGUAAUGAAUUAGCUUGUAUGUACUUAUGGAUUCAUGUAAUGCACGCACCUUACUAUUCUGUGGUAAAAUGCUUGUCUUACCAUAUAAGAAAACAAAAACAAAGAAUCAAAGAGUUAAUAUAAUAUCUCAACUUUUGUUACCUG